AUGAACGAUGGUGAAAAUAAAGAAAGUUUAACACUGAUUUGGUUUGAUUCAAAUACUCGCUCAUGUAAAUAUACUCAGCGAACCAUACGACAACUUCGACUUAUUAAUGAUUAUGUUAUUCUUUGUUCUGAAUUUAUGAGACGCAUUCAAUCAAUUGAUAAAGAAAUGAUCUUUUUAAUAAUAUCCGGAGAAGAAGCCCCACAAAUUUUAUCUAGUAUUUAUUCUGUCCAUAACAUCUAUUCAUUUUUUAUUUUCAAUAAGGAAAAAACUCCGUGUGAAGAUGUAUUAACUGAAUAUUCAAAUGUUGUUGGUACAUAUAUUAAUCUUGAUGACUUAUGUACAUCGGUUAAAGAACAAAUUGAUCUUGUUGACAAACAAACACACACAUUUGCUUUUUUUGAUCAACAUCAAAUAUUGACGAAAGAUCUAUCGAGAGAAUCAGCAAAAUUCCUUCGGUUUCAACAAGGGGGAACAAACUGA